ACCAGCUCACUCCUGCCCCCUCUCUCUCUUCCCCAGCGCCCCGUGAACUCGACCACUCAUUUACAACUCUACAACUCCCUUAUUUCUCUCUCUCUCUCUCUCUCUCUCUCUCUCUCAUCACUCUGCUCUUCUCUCUCGGACAUUCUCUCUCCGUCUCUCAGAAAAAUCAUUGUUCAAUCUCUCGUCCGCAAAAGAAACCCUCAGAUAUUUUUAAAGUUUAUAGAAUAGUGCAAUAAUUACUGGCUUAGGUUUCGCGAUGCUCGUGAGUUGCAGACCUUCACUCUUCUUGACCUUCCUUAUGAUCACAAUGCUCUUGAACCCUUGAUCGGUAGUGGGGAGAUUAUUAAACUGCAUCACCAGAAGCGCCAUCAGACCUACAUAACAACUACAAAUAAGACUUUUGAGCUCCUUGGGGAAGUGAUAGCGUGAUUCAUCGACUGUGGUUAAGUUGCAAAGCGCGGUCAAAUUCAAUCGCAGAGGAGUUUCCUGCCUUUUGGUCUUUUGAUUAGUCUGAUCUCUGAGAUAGAUGGAAAAAUUAAAGCUACUUGGAACUUAUACCAGCCCUUUCAAUCGUAGAGUCAUGUGGGCUCUCAAACUGAAGGGGGUACCAUUUGAAUACAUAGAGGAAGACCUUUUCACCAACAAGAGUGAAUUGCUUCUCAAAUCCAACCCAGUUUACAAGAAGAUCCCAGUUCUUAUUCAUAAUGGAAAACCAAUCUCAGAAUCUACCGUAAUCCUUGAAUAUAUUGAAGAGACAUGGCCAGAGAAUCCAUUGCUACCCGUAGAUCCUCAUGAGAGAGCCAUUGCUCGUUUCUGGAUUAAAUUUAUGGAAGACAAGAUCCCUAUUAUGUUUGCAUUCUUCCUGUCCAACCCGGGAGAAAAACAGGAUAAGGCAAAGAAGGAUUGCUUGGAAGUUCUAAGAACUAUUGAAGAGCAUGGUCUUAAGGAAGAUAAGAAGUUUUUUGGUGGAACUAACAUUGGUCUAACAGAUUUGGUUUUCGGAUUGUUGGCUUACCAGUGGGAACUGAUGGAAGAGAUUGUGGGAGUGAAGUUGAUGGAAGUCCAUAGCUUCCCACGACUGCAUACAUGGGCUGAGAACUUCAAGUCUGUCUCUGUGAUCAAAGAGAACCUUCCUGAUCGUGAUAGAUUGUUCGCUCGUUUAAAAGGGCGCAAGGAGGUGCUUGUUGGGUCAUCUAAAUCUCACUAGAAUGUAGAAACUGUGUCCUCUUUUCCACUUAAAUGAAGCCUUCUUCAGUUCAUCA